CGAGUUUUGAGAUCGCUCGAUCAAUGAUUAUUACAAUUGUUAUAAUUAAUUAUUAUUUGAGCAUUAUUAUAUAAUAACUAUUUUUAGUAAAGUAUAUUUAUUAUUAUAUAGUAAUAUUUAUUUUAUUAUUUUAUGAUAAUAUUUUAAAAUCUUAAAAUCUACUUUAAAAUAAUAUAAUUACUUACUUUUCACUCUAUUUGCACUCCCUAUUUUUUCAUCCAAACAAUAAUUUACCCCUUCACUUACAACCUCAACAAUUUGCACCCCCAGCAAUUUACCCUGCAAUUUCCACCCUUAUUGCCAAACAGAGCGUGAGGAAAUUCUCAAAAGAGAAGAAAUAGGAAGAGUUUGAGGAAAUUAUAGCAAAAAAUCUAUAGGUAUCGCCAUUUUAAAUUAAACCCUCUCUUUCUUCCUUUCUUGUCACCAACCAACUUUAUCUACAUCAACCGAACUAAAAGCCCAAACUUUUCUGCUACAAAAACCUUCUCCACCUCUGGAAACCUUCCGGCCAAGGACGAACCUUACGACGGAGACUUCCGUCCUCAAACAUGGAGAGGCUGCUCUACUCUUCCUCUCCCACGGCGCCUCUCAAACUCCAGUGCAAACCCACUCCUUUUCUGCCUCGUCUCCCCCGGAUCGAUGCCGCUAAACUCGGCGGCUUCCCGCUUCUGCCACGGCAGCCGCUUCAGCUCCGGCGAGCUGGUACCGUCUCCUGCAAUUAUAAGACGAAUCCACCGUCGGUAUCAUCCGUUUCUUCUGGUAAAUUGCCUUCUUUGGCCCCUUUACACGUCGAUUCCCCUGCUGGCCCGGCGCCAAGUUCUGAUCUUCUCCUACAGAUCCCGGCCGAAUCCCGUCAUUUGCCACGAAAGGCAAUGAGUGUUGCGGCUUGUGUACUACUCUCAGCUGUCUUGAUGUUCACGAUGCACCCAAUCUUUGCAUCACCGGCAUUAGCAACCUACCAAACAGCAGCCAAGACCGCUGCUCCCGCUGGUCUAGGAGCAAAACUAAUCCGGACCGAACUCUUAAGCAGCGCAUGGACUGGUUUCUUUGCUGGUUGUCUCCACACACUCUCAGGUCCAGAUCACCUUGCAGCUUUGGCUCCACUCUCAAUUGGUCGAACACGUCUUGAAAGUGCUGCUGUUGGAGCACUGUGGGGUUGUGGCCAUGAUGCUGGCCAGGUAAUCUUUGGUCUUCUGUUUCUCCUGCUCAAGGAUCGGCUCCACAUCGAGAUCCUCAGAACUUGGGGCACUCGAGUUGUCGGUCUUACCCUACUUGUCAUUGGCGGUAUGGGGAUAAAGGAAGCUUCCGAGGUCCCCUCACCUUGUGUUGCCCUAGAAAAUGGAGAGUGUGAUGUGGGCGUCUAUGAAUCACUUGAAGCCACCCCUGCUGUAGUGCAGAAGAAGAAGAUAGGAUUUGCUACCUUUGCUACAGGGAUUGUUCAUGGAUUGCAGCCUGAUGCGCUCAUGAUGGUCUUGCCUGCACUCGCUUUGCCUUCUCGGGUGGCUGGUGCGGCUUUUCUUGUCAUGUUCUUGGUGGGAACUGUUGUUGCAAUGGGGUGCUACACGGUUUUCAUAGGGUCCUUUAGUCAGGCGUUGAAGGACCGGGUGCCUAGAAUAACUGAGAAGCUCACAUGGGCAUCUUCCUUCAUAGCUAUCGCUCUUGGUGUCUCCAUUCUCAUUAGCCAGUUUUUCGGGUUCAGCUUGUAUUGAAUUGAUUGAUACUACUAAAUAGGGUAUUUGCGCUACAGCUAGAGAAGAGAUGAUUGGAAUGAGCCAUUGGAUUGCAUUUUGCUGCGGAGAAAGUGGUGCACAAGCAAUGAAAAGGAGAUGGAUAGCGUCUUAUCCUGUCUCCAAUCUAUCAGUUUUGAGAGCUCUUCUUUAGUUUUGUCUCUUCAGUUUAGAGUUUCAGGUCGUAAUUGUUAGUCGAUUUGAGUUCGACAUUUAUUAGUAAGCAUUUUGAUUCUUGAUUGGGCUUUACUGCUGGUACUUUGCACUAAUUUUCCAGCAAGAGUUUUGAAGGAGCUUUAAGAUGUGAGUGUAACUAAAGAUCAGCUCCUUCA